AUGGUUAAGCUCACGGAGCUUCCGUGUGAGAUCAUCACAGAUAUCUUGGAGGAAGGUAGUGUGCGCGACAUUUACGCUGCCAUCCGCACAUGCCGCCGCAUCCGCGACUGCUUCAAGCAACGCCCCAGUCUUGCAAGUCAGGUCAUACUUCGACAGAUCCCUGAAGCGCUUCUCCCAUAUGCAGUUGCAGCGCUCUAUGCUGAUCACUUGCCGAUUCCCCGGACAGAGGCAAUGGUCCAGAACCUAAUCACUUGGCUCGAUCCUUCUUUCCUACCCACUGCAAUUUCCCUUGUCCGAAGAUUGGGCCUUGGGAAUCUCCUCAAACUCGAGGACCUUCACAACAUCAUUCACUCCAUGGCACUUGACUAUGCUAAUGAGGCGUGGGACUUCAUGCAGACCACAAACAUGCAUGUCCCGAGGCCCGGCACGCUUCAAAUGUCGCGAAACGAGUACCUCCGCUUCUGCCGGGCGUUCUACCGUGUGGAAAUCCGACACUCCAUUGAACGCCCCAAGCCUGUCGGACCUCGUCGUCCUAGGGCCUGGAAUGAGGGCGAGGAUUUUCUUCAUCCCUUGCCGUCGUAUGAUCGGGAGCAGAUGGGAUGUGUCCUAGAGUAUCAGGAGAGACUCUUCCUGAACAGCGUCCACGAGGUACUCGCUCAUGAUGUUGCAAUGGGGCAUAUUGGCGUUAACUACGUGGAGGCGCACGAAGACCAUCUGAAACACGGACUACGCUUCCUGGUCAAGAUCACCAGCGACCUUUCUUACGAUGAGAAAAAGAAUCUUCUCUACGCCAAGUACGGUCCCGGCGAAUGGGCCGACCUUUGGAAGUCGCUCGACGCCGACCGUGACUGGCUCGAGGAAGACCGGCAGCUGGCAGAUGACCCCUGGGUCCAGAACGAAGACGGAGGCCUUAUUCAUGUUUUCAAAGACAGAGUUGACGCAGUGGACCUGGAUCUCGGUCCUAGGGGGGCUUUCAUGCGAUCUAUUAGCCGUGCGCUUGCAGACCUGACGACGAUUGACUCCAUACCCACCGAUGGGCUCCGGGAUCGCGCCUAUGUCCUAUGGGACCGGGAUCGCCUCCUCCAGCUUCAGGCAGGUUGGGUGUUCCCCCCUGGUUCAUUGAACCCUAUGGACUUCCUCGCGUAUGAGCCGAAGCCAAGGCGCAGACCAGCCUAUCGUGAGCGAUUAGCAGCGGAGAAGGCUUUGAAGGAGUCAUUCCAGGCUCGCAAGGAGAUUUGGGACAAGGGAGGCUCCGGCUAUUGGAGCGCCGAUGACCUCAGCAAGGUUCGACGACAGCCAGAGACCUCCAUCCCCAUCUGCGCCAAAAUGAUACUCAUCACCAAUCUUCCGAAAGAACUCAUCGGUGCAAUCGUGGCGGAGAUUAGCACCCUGGAGGACCUCAACAAUCUAAUGAGAGCCUCGCGUUGCUUCCUCGAAGCCGUCCACGCGUGGCCAGCCAUCCCCCACAUAGUCCUGCGCCGCCAACUCCUCAUGGAACUCCCUUCGGGCCUCAUGGCCUACGCGAUAGCAAUCGUCGAAGCCGGCAACUUACCUCGCCCACGAUCGUCCAAGCAUGCCGGCAGGGCCAUGUCGAGGGUCCUGUAUCAAGUGGCCCAUGACCCUGGUCACAGCUUAGACCUGGUCCCAACUCUUUCUUUCAACUCUCUCAUCAAAAUAAGGGACAAACACAAGACUAUUCUGAGUUUGGCAAACGCAAUGGCACAAGAUGCUUGGAAAAUGCUCCGAGACGUGGAUGGAGUGGUUUCAGGAGACUUGGUUCUAUCGAGACGAGAGCAACAUCGAAUCACCAAAGCUAUCUACGAAACGGAACUACUUUCGACGGUUUUUGGCGACGAGAGCUGGGAAACAGCAGACUUGGACGUCUUUUACGGUGCAGACGGAGAUAUUUAUCUUGCGUCUAAGACCCCUUGGGAAAUCGAGGCCAUUGGCUGUGUCUUGGACUUCUUUGAGAAGAGACUGUUCGAGGUUGCGCUUGACGUCUUCACUCACGAUGUUGAAUUUGGCUGGUCCAGUUUUGAUUACGUACGUCGGGGAAGCGAUAACGGAGACACGAUGAUGUUGGUCUCGGGUGGUGUGAACUUUGUUCACAUGCUAAUUCAGGAACCUUCUUACCAAAACAAGCGCAACAUGCUUUGGACCAAGCACAAUGACCCAGAUGCAGUGCUAAUUAGUAUCAUGCUUGCGGAGUUCUCCCGUUCCCCCCUCCGACAGCCCAGUUCACAGCAGCUGGCGAUCUGGUACAGAGAACAAUACCCGCAGGCUGGAGAGGAUCUUGACGACAAAGGCCCUCAAAUGGCCUUUGAUCAGACUCUGCUGGGGCAGCCUCCAUUCUUUCACCCAAUCUACGCAGGGCAGAGGGAGAGGGGCUAUAUCUUUUGGGACGCCAACCGCCUCAUGGCAAACAAUCACAAACUCCUCAACCUCGUCAAGAGAACCCUGCCUACCACCAAUCAGACCUGCCACCUGACUUCGCGCGGUAUGGUUUAUGAGGAUAAUACAGCAGCUCGUCUCUUGGCGAUGGAAGCGAGCUGGGACGAGCGCGCCGCCAUUUACGAGGAAGGCGGCAGAGGCUACUUGAAAGAUGGGAACUAUAACGGAAUCCAGUGGACAGGAGAAAAGAUGAAGAAUUCGCAUGGAGAGCAAGACGAAACCAGCGACGAAGAUAGCGAUGACGAAGAGUAG